AAUUUUCUUUUGACCGUUGUUAAUCAAUUCGCCAAAAUAGCUAAAUCCAUUUUACAAUUUCUAAAAAAGAAAAAAUCCCAUCAUAGUUCAGGAACGGCAAGCGGCAGCGGCAGCGGAUCAGAGGGCAAGUUACAGCAGCAGCACAGCAACGAGGAGGAAGGCGGUGGUGCAGGUGGAGGACAGCAGGAAGCAGCCGCCGCUAGCCACAAAAUAACGCCGCCGACCACAACAGCAGCAGCAGCAACAGCAGCGGGCAGAGCAUCGGGUGCAGGAGUCGAAGCAGGAGUCGGAGCCGGUGUAGCCAAAACAGACGCAGCUGCUGCCUCUGGCGAGGAGCCGCCGUUGGCGAACAACCAAAGCAACAGCUCACCUCAAGCUCAGGUCUCGGCCAGCGCCACGUUUCGUUUGUCUUCGUUGACGGGCACCAUCUCGAAAAUGGGCAAUAACGCGACCACAUCCAACAAGAAGGUGGAUGCCGCCGAGACGGUUAAGGAGUUCCUUGAACAGGCCAAGGAGGAGUUUGAGGAUAAAUGGCGUCGCAAUCCAACCAAUACGGCUGCGCUCGAUGAUUUCGAAAGGAUCAAGACACUGGGCACCGGCUCCUUUGGCCGCGUCAUGAUCGUGCAGCAUAAGCCAACAAAAGACUACUAUGCCAUGAAGAUAUUGGACAAGCAGAAGGUCGUCAAGCUGAAGCAGGUGGAGCAUACGCUCAAUGAGAAGCGCAUCCUGCAGGCGAUACAGUUCCCAUUCUUGGUCUCGCUCCGCUACCACUUCAAGGACAACUCCAAUCUCUACAUGGUGCUGGAGUAUGUGCCCGGCGGCGAGAUGUUCUCGCAUCUGCGAAAAGUCGGACGCUUCUCGGAGCCGCAUUCACGUUUCUAUGCAGCACAGAUUGUGCUCGCAUUUGAGUAUUUGCAUUAUCUGGACCUCAUCUAUCGCGAUCUGAAGCCGGAGAAUUUAUUGAUCGAUUCGCAGGGCUACUUGAAGGUCACCGAUUUCGGCUUCGCCAAGCGGGUCAAGGGCCGCACCUGGACGCUAUGCGGCACACCUGAAUAUCUGGCGCCCGAAAUCAUUUUGUCCAAGGGCUACAACAAGGCCGUCGAUUGGUGGGCGUUGGGCGUGCUGGUCUACGAAAUGGCAGCCGGCUAUCCGCCGUUCUUUGCGGACCAACCCAUACAGAUCUACGAGAAGAUCGUCUCUGGCAAGGUGCGCUUCCCCUCGCACUUUGGCUCCGAUCUGAAGGAUCUGUUGCGUAAUCUACUGCAAGUGGAUCUGACCAAACGCUAUGGCAAUCUGAAAGCAGGCGUCAAUGAUAUUAAGAACCAGAAAUGGUUCGCCUCCACGGACUGGAUUGCGAUCUUCCAAAAGAAAAUCGAAGCGCCGUUCAUACCGCGGUGUAAAGGUCCCGGGGAUACAAGCAAUUUUGAUGAUUACGAAGAGGAGGCGUUGCGAAUUUCCAGCACCGAAAAGUGCGCCAAGGAGUUUGCCGAAUUCUAGAAGAUGCACAAACAACAACACGCAUUCAAGUCACCAUCUUCGUUACCAUCGUCGUUGUUGUCGUCGUCGUCGUCUCGUCUAUAUGUCUACUACUUACUACAACUACUACUAUUACU